AUGAUUUUCUACUUAACAUUGACGACUUUGUUAAUUUCCUCAGCUUUAGGUGCUGGGGAAUUUUCAGUCCUUCACCAUGCUCCAAGUCUUACUUUCAGGGGUCAUGAUGCCCUUAAAGAAAGCACUUUAAAAGAUGUUUACGCUGCAGCCCUCGGUUUUUCCACUGAACACUUUUCAAACUGGAAGGGCAUGUUCCUAUCAGACCCAUUUGGAGUGGCCCAGGCUAUAGUAACUGUAUAUGUGGAUGGAGUAUCUGAUAUAGACCAACAAAAGGGCCAUCAUUUCCCUCUUAAGACUGACAUAGGCGAAUCUAAGGUCUACAAAAGUAUUGAAAGAAGAAUCGAAGAACAUUAUCCUAAUGAAGAAACUAAUUUAGUCAGGAUUCGUCUUUCUAAUGGAUUAGAAGAUAUUCGCAAGUACAAAAUCUUUGAAGACAUUGCAUCUGGAGACUCAAAACAACUCAACCACAAGGCCUUGAAAUUGGAUGUUGAUGAAGAUAGAAAGUUCAUCAAAGAGAUUACAAUUUUAAAUGAAAUUGUCCAAAGAAUUGAAGAAGGUGAAAUCAAAAGGGACAGCAUCCCUGAUUUGUACUGGUUCGAAGUUUCAUCUCUUCAUGCAGUUUCAGACUUGUAUGGAGAAAAUUCUACACAAGUUUUGGAAGCAAAACAACUUCUUAAUGAAGUUAUUUUAAGACUUAACUCUGCUUUCAACAAACUUUACAAUGGAUAUGUUCUUGUCACUGUUGUAACGAGUGAUGCCAGCCACACUAGGAGAGGCAGAAGCAUUCUUGCUUCUGAUGCGGAUCAACCAACUGAUGAUAAAUCCAAAUACAACUUGGCAAGUUACUACAGCAAAGACUACCCCGUUAUCUUUAAUCUUAUCUUGUGGUUUGGGGUAGUGAUGUUAUUUUCCCUCAUCGCUAUCUGCAUGGCUAUUGGCACUAUGGAUCCGGGCCGUGAUUCAAUCAUUUACCGUAUGACCAGCACCAGAAUGAAGAAAGAUAAUUAA